GGCUGGCUGGUGCCUGGCGGGGGAAGCGCGGGGCUCCGGCGCCUCGCAGAGCGACCUGACGGGAGCGGGACACCCCGGGCAGGAGAGCUCUGCCCCCGUCUCUCCGGCCCGCCCUCCCCCAUGUGGGGCUCCGGCUAGACACCGCCCCGGUCUCUGCUCCCCUCUGCUGCCCGCGGGCAGGAGCCCGGGGUGCGCAUCACCCGCGCGGGGCUCGCCAGCGAGUCCGCCUGCCCCGCUUUGUUUCCCUCCCAGCCGGCCCCGAGCCCCGCGCCGUGUGAAUCUCUGCAGCAGGGAUGUCUCGGUACCCAGCCGCUGCCACGCGCCCAGCCCGCUGACAUGGAGUACUCCGCUCUGUAGCCUACCUUGCAAGCCAGGCAAAGAGAGCGCAGGAAGAAGCCACCGCAAACCACCCUCUUUUUGAACCUGUUGUGUAACUGUGGGGCGGCACGAAUGGCUGGGGAGAUGAAGAUCUGAUCCUAAAAUAUUUGAAACGUGACAAUGUGGAUAAAACAGCUUUUAGCAAUCAGUUCGAUGUCUGUCCGCAGGUCAGGUUGCCCGGUAGGAAGCCAUGCUUGGAUAUUAAUAGCCAUGUUUCAACUAGCCAUGGAUUUCACCAUCUGUGAAUCUGUAGCCCAAGGCCAAGGGUUUAGGCUCCUGCAAAGGCCUUCUCACUGGCAUAGAUUGUCCCAUAGUCCUCUGUGGAGUUUUAAAAAUGGACAGCAACUGAGGAUUCCUGGCCCUUUUUGGAACCAUGUUUCUUCUCAUCCUGAACGAUCUCAUGGGCAAAUACAAACAUAUCAUUCAAAAAGGCCACACAAAGCCACAGACCAGUUAGCAGGCCUUCUUUAUAAAAGCAUGCAGUCCAAGCAUUCCACUACUGCAAAAUCAGCCCCUUCUGUUGUAGAUGGGAGCAGCAGGAGUACAGACCAGCAGACUCAUUUGAAAAGGGGGAAAAGGCACCUCCGAGGAAGCAAUUUUGAUCACAGAGACAGCAGGCCCACCACGGUGCCUGAAGUAAUUGUAUGGGGCCCAACAGGGGAAGAGGACUCCAUAGAAACCAGUACGUUCCCUGGGAAUUAUGGCACCACCACAACUUCUGCUUUACAAACCAGAACGACUACUGUGGCAACCACCACCACCACUACUUCCACCACUGUACAGUCUAAGGGGUUCCCAGCAUCACCUGUGCCAGGGCUUAACACACACAAGAACAACCCUGGCAGGAUUAGCACAACGGAACCCUACACCAGCCACAAGAGCAAUGGAAAAGAAGCCCGUCCACCUAAGAUAAUGGGAGACACUACAGGUCUGGCAGUCCAUCAGAUCAUCACAAUCACAGUGUCCCUCAUCAUGGUCAUAGCUGCUCUGAUAACAACUCUGGUCUUAAAAAAUUGUUGUGUGCAAAGUGGAAACACACGGCGGAACAGCCACCAACGCAAAAUCAAUCAACAGGAAGAGAGUUGCCAGAACUUGACGGACUUCACCCCAGCCCGUGUGCCCAGUAACCUGGACAUAUUCACAGCCUACAAUGAAACACUACAGUGCUCCCACGAGUGCGUCAGGACACCAAUGCCAGUGUAUACAGAGGAGAUGUUACACUCGCCCGGUGAUUAUAAAACAACCUUCAAUGGAAACAGACCCUCUUCUUCUGAUCGGCAUCUAAUUCCUGUGGCCUUUGUGUCUGAGAAAUGGUUUGAAAUCUCCUGCUGACUGGCCGAAGUCUGUUUUACUUCCUGGGGGCAGGGCAGACGCCAUGUGUCUAUUUCCUGGAUUCCAUUGGUGAACCUGUAAAAAAAAAAGGGUUACCUAUACCUACCAUUUCUGUUUACCAGUAGGAGACUCAAACAGCAGCACUCUAUGUGCCAAAUAUAUUUUUAUAAAAAUGAACACACCUGUAGGAAACUGCAUUUUCAAAGCGCGCAUUUAUGGGAAAAGAGAAAAAAAUGUGCAAGCAAAGAAGCCCAUGAAGAAAGAGGAACUUAAGACGAAAUAAAGAAAAGGACUGAACAUCUGGAGUUUGGGAUAUGGACUGUGAUUCUGAACCUGUGCCAAUAAUACCAUUAUGUGCCAUGUACUGAUCUGAAAGACUUCACAAGAAGCUGAAGCUAAGUGAAUUACACAUAGAAAUAUUAGAGAAAAUCGGGGUGGGGAAUCUCUUCUGAUAGAGUCAGUAUUUCUGGUUAAUAUACAUAUAUACAUAUAGAUAUAAAUAUAUAUAGAUACAAACACACACACACACAAACACAAACACUUUUUGUACUGUAGCAAUUUUUGAAAAUCUUAAAUAUUCAUUUUUAAAAAAUUGUGUCAUGGGUUACAAAUCUGAUUUCUUUAACAUUCUUAGUGUGAACUAAAUAAACUGAUGUUUUCUACUUUGGCAGCUUGCCUUUAAAACAUAUAUAUAUAUACACACACACACACACACAUAUUUGAAAUAAAUUUCCACUAGGGAACAAAUUAUUUGCCAGGCCCAAUAAACCAUUGCUCAUAGAGGAUUCCCUGAGAAGGUACUGAAACUCUGUUAAAGUGACAGUUCUCCUAUCCAUUGUAGAGUUGCCAGAGUGCUAGCAAGACCCAGAAGGGAUUAUGUUAGACCUAAAGAAGAAAUGUAUGGCAAUGGUCAUUUAUAUAAUCAGUUGGUUCUGACAGUUCUCAAAAGAAAGAGAAUGGUUAAUAGUAUUUGGGGCUGUUUUGAAACAAAAGCAGAAUUAAGAUGUGUUUUGAAUACAGUUAAAGUAUAGAUGCCUCUGGGCCAAAUUCGCAAAGUACAUUCCAGUUAUUGUGAAAUUUAAAAAAAAUCCCCAAAUUUAAACCACACAGGCAAGUAAUCUGUAGAAGAGCCCAUGAGCACGGCCCUUCAGAUACUUUCAGAUCUUAGCCCAGAAUUCAAGUAACAGCACUUCUAUGAAAUAGCAAGGAGCUAGAAGUGCAUUCUGUGUUUGGAGGGUAAAUUUAAAACCAGACUUCAUUCCAAAUUCCGUCUGAUACGAUUGAAGUGGCAUGGCUUCUGCUCCAUGUAAACCAUUGUGCCCUGGCCAAGAUUGUUGAUUUUACCACAAAGAAAAUAGCAUGAGUAAUUUUUGACAAAGACAAAUUCCCCCCUUCCAUUCCUCAGCCCCAGUCACUAGACAUUGCAUCUGUAAAGUCACCAAAGUGAUCAGCUCGCCAUAGCACUUUCUAGUUUAUGGUAAGACAUAUGAGGCUGAGAAGAUACACUGGACUGGACUGCUGAAAAUCUAAAAGCAGAGUCUGAAUGCUGCAUCAGCACCUGUAUCCAUUCAUUAAACAAUAAAUACUGAAGAAGCUUCACAGAAAUGAACAGUUGAAACCAGCAGCAAGGGUUACUCUCACUUUAAGCCAGGUAUAGGUGUUUUAGUGGUUGCCAAGGGAAAUUGAGUGGAGAACUUUUUUUACCUUUUGGAUUAAUGGAUCAAGAAGGAGCCUAGAAGGAAACCCUGAAAACAACUCUGAGUUUCCUCUGUUUUAUAGUGCCCUGACCCCUAUUUGUAUAUUUAUGGUGUUAUAUCUAGGGGCUGGCCAGGGACAAGUUUUAAACAUUACUCAGUUUGUUGGGAAAUGUAGGAGAAGGUUCCACUGUUGACACUAUUGUAUUUCACUCAUAUCAGUCUCAUCUUAUCAUGGCAAAUUAUGAAUCACCAUAUUACACGAAGCCACUGCAUUGAUGAUGGGUGAAGUAGCGUUUUACAGUCCUUGUUCCCUCGUGGAGCUGCAGAGUACUUCCCAAAACAGGCGGGCAAAUAUUCAGGCUGAUUUUUAAAUACAUUCACUGUGGCUGUGGCUCUGGGUAUGCCUCUUCGGUGUUUGCUUCCUGUGAGCUUGCGACUGAUGGUGUUUUGUUGCCACAAAGUGAAUUUCUAAGUCAGACAUGAGUACUCUUGGAGACUGAAUUUCAGAUUUCUGUGUGUGAUUAUUCAUGCCAGAAAAGCCUGCACUCUCAUCCUAUCAGAGAAGAAAAACAAUUCUGUGUGACUCCUUUGGCCAAUAACAACUAACCAACAUUGGACCUGAUCUAAAGCCCAUUGAAGUCAGUGGUGUCCUUCUGUUGACUUCCUUGGGCUUAGAUUAUGUCUGUAGCAUGAAUAGCAAAUGCUGAUAAAGAACUACACAGCCAGUAAAAAAGACCUCAAAUUAUUUUGUAUAAUGAAUAAAACUGAAUGAAUGUAUCAGUCUGCUCACAGAGAUUCCGCCAGCAGAAAAGGUGAAGGCAAAUUUCUUGCGAUAAAUUAUGCUUUUGCUUAAUCAGCUCCAGUCUCUUACUUUCUAAUAAUGUAUCACAUGAUCCUUUCAGUGUCCAUUCUCGGGAUAUUCUUUUUUGCUAAGGGUAAUACACUAUUUUGAACAUGUUGACCUAUGCACUAAAAUUUGCUGUUUUAACCUUUGCAGUAGGAUUGGGCUUCUGAUAAUUGGCAGUAGUGCAGCAGGCGGGGACAUGCUGGAUAGCUAGAUCAAACCCAAAGUUAAGUUUGGCUGUCAUCUUUAAAUACCAGGUGUGGGAACAGCUCCACCCCACUUACAGCCGCUGAUAUCUAUCCAGGGACUGCUUCUACAGAUUGACAGGUGUCCCGUUGUGUGCACACCUUGACAAUAACUGGCAACUCAUCAAGAUAGACUUUAGAAAACAGUUUUCAGAGGCUCCUCCUCUCCUUAAAAUCUGCCCCCCUCCCAUGCCUGAAAGAGGGCAUCCCCCAUUUCACAAAUUGCUUCUCAAAUUCCCAAGGCUUGUAGCUAAUUUUUUUAGAUAGUGGCAUCUGAAUCAUUUUAGCUGAAGCAUCCACCACAAAUAGUUAAUAUGACCUGACAUGUCUAAAAUACCAAACUCUGCUCUAGUGAUUCUGAUGUAAACCUGGAGUAACCAAUGAAAUAAAUGUCAAUGGAGUUACUCUACAUCAAGGUAAUUGAGAGCAGCUUUUUUAACCCAAAGCCCCUAAGUCCCCUUUCUAAACUGCUCUCUCAACGUUGGGCUUAUCCAGAGCUACAUCUAUAUGUAUACAUUAGGUACUAGACUCAAUUUCUGUAUUACAUUCAACAUUUAAUUAUUUUAGAAGAGAGUGAAAACACUCCUCAUUAUAUCAGGGGAUGGUGCACAUUGCACCUGUGAAACAUUAUAACUCAUGCAAUCGCUUGUCUUUCUAUAUUACUUUCUAUCCAUUUUUAAUGCACCUGUGUUUUUCUAAUCUGCUGCUGAUCUCUGGGAGGAAAUCUUCCUUGCCCUACUCCACCAGAACAUUUCUGGACCUGACUCAAAGCCCUUUGAAGACAUUGGAAAGACUCCCAGUGACUCUGAUGGACUUUGAUUCAUGCCCUACAUUCUUUUUCUCAGAAGACCCAGCCACUCUAGAGCCACUCUGGUGAUAUCUAUGAAAAGUAUAAUAGAAUUUUGUCAUUGUGCAUGAUGUUAUAUUUUUCCAUGUUAAAUUUUAUCUGCCAUUGUGCUGCUCAACAUUUAAUUGUCUACAUCCAGCUUAAGUUUCUCACUGUCCUUCACAGGUUUUAUAAAACAAUUAAUCAGCAAACUUCAUCAACUCAGCAUCCAUUUUCCCUAUGAAUAUUAACCCCCAAAGUAACCUAUUACUAACCUCUCUCCACUGUGUGCUGCCGCUAUACACUAGCAUUAUGUUUUAUAGAGCACCUAAUCAGUUUUUAUUCCAUGACAAAACUUUUCUCCUGUUACUAUGGUCAUUUAUUGCCUGAGGGCCAAAUUCUGAUCCUCUUAAGUUGAGUAAACACCAUUUGACUCCAAUGAGACUACUCACAGUCAGGCACUGUUCAGUAUGAGUUAGGGGAUCAGAAAUUUUCCCCUUAAUAAUAUUUUACGGGUGACUUCAGCAAAAUCUUUCAGAAAAUACAAGUAAAUUGUGCUCCUGUGUGACAUUAUCUGCUAACUAUUUCAAACAACUCCAAGGCUAGACAGACAUGUUAGAUUACAUAUACUUCCCCAAGUACUCUACUUUUGUGAUUAGUUAGACUCUUCUAUUGUAGCAGGGUGAAGUUUGCUGAUCUGUAAUUCCAGGAUCUCCCAGGGCUACUUUUUAAAGAACUUCACCCCUGAGCACCACUGAAGUCCCAUAUAUAGCCUGUUAAGCAGGAUUUAAGUGGUACACAGUCCUUGUUUCCUGUUCUCUAUACAGGGGAGAAUUUCACAUCAAAGGACUGAAGCACCUUCAACAAACUUCCCUUGGAAAUAUAAUGUACGUGUAUUCAGGGCUUUGCGUCCGUCUCUCCAAAACAUUACUGCCAACGGGGCAGAUCCUGUCUGACCUUUCUCCAGUCACCAGUGGAGUGUUACCCAUGCCACGUAACAGCCUGACGUCUACCUCCUACUAGGGUACGUCUACGCUACCCACCAGAUUGGCGGGUAGCGAUCGAUCUAUCAGGGAUCGAUUUAUCGCAUGUAGUGUAGACGCAAUAAAUCAAUCCCCGAUCGCUCUCCCGUCGACUGCUGAAGUCCAGCUUGGUGAGAGGUGCAAAGUAAGUAAUUUUAAUUCGAUCUAAGAUACAUCGACUUCAGCUACGCUAUUCUCGUAGCUGAAGUUGCGUAUCUUAGAUCGAUCCCCCCCAGUGUAGACCAGCCCCUACAUUCAAAUUCACUGAGGUGCUAUGCUCAUCCAGUGUGACAUCCCAGACAUAAUGAUGCAAGCAUUACAUUCAUGGAGGAGAGGCUAUGAACACACUAGAUUGCUUUAGUAGUGCAGAAAGCUUAAUUAAUAAGCAUAACUGACUACCCUGUUUUGAUUAAUAAUUCUACUAAUCAGCAUUAUUAUUUCUAUAUAUAUAUACGGGCCUCAUUCUCCUCUAGCUCACACUGGUGUAAAUCAGGAGUGACUCCAUUGGUGUCAGUGGAGUUACACCAGUAAAGCACCUUUAAGUGAGAUGAGACUGAGACCCCCCAGCAUGCACGCCUCAGAGUCCUACCCGAGUCUGUCAGCAUAUCACAACUUCCAUACAACGAGGGUUAAGCAGUCCUUAGCACCACCUAGUGCACUCAACAGACUGUAGAGGCACUGAUCACAAUUAGCGAUAUACCUAAUAAGCAACACUUUUUUUAAGCAAGCAGUUAAACCAAAACUUGCACGAUUAAUGUGAUUUUCGGGUGAUUACUUUGGUGCAAUCUGUUGAUUCAGUAUAUGGGGGCUUUUGUAUUUUACCAGUGUAAACAGUGCAGCCCUCAAAAACUAUCAAAACUCGCCAGCACAGAGUAUAUGAAUUUUCCUUCUUUGUUUUACUUAUAUAGCGUUGACCCUCUUUCAACUAUGAAGACUGUGUUUUGUACCUUUACCCAUUGAUCUUCUAUUUAUUUGUAUCUGUUGGCUGCACUGAGUAGUACUUGUGGGUAUUCCAAUGUAAUCCUAAUGGCAGUUUGACAUCAUAAAAUAUAUUUCAAAUCCCUUAUUCCAAAAUGUUUGAAGCAUUGUUAUGUAUUUUUACAUCUAUGGCGUUAGUCUGAACUAGACUGCAGGAAUAGAUUAUAGUAGGGAAUGGAGUGAACUUUGUAUCCCAUGUGCGGUAAGCCGGAGGGCCCAAACUCCCAUGGGAUAAUCAUCUAGAUAAGCAUCCACAAGAGAGAAUACCUUGGACCUCAGGAGACUCAAGUACGAUUUCAGAAGCCUUCCAUACAGUCUGCAAAGGGACAGAUUUGGUCACUGUGAGACCAGACAGUGGCAAAACAGAAAAUAAAACAACAUGCACAAACUUCCCUUAUUUGUAAGGACCAACAGCACUUGCACUUUAUCAAAAAAAUAUUCACAUCCCUAUGCAUGCUAAACAAACCAAUAAAGGGACCAGCCAUCAGACCUACUGGCAGGAGACAUAGAAUUCAAAACUGCAAAUACAAUGGUUCACCGUGCAGAAUUCUAAUGUCCUGGCCUUUUAUAUGUUCAACUAAAAAACAACAAAUUAGGUUUAAUUCAUUUCUUGUAUCUAAUGGAAGCCAAAAAAAAAAAAAGUAGAAUUAUAUGGCUGUGUGGAAUAGAUGCUUACCAAUUCUUUUUCUGUUACUUUAGAGAGAACAUGUUCCCCCACACUCUGUAUCUGAUGAUAGGAGUCAGCAGGUACAUUCCUCUGUUUAGAUUUACGUUAUGCCUUCAGCCAGAUUUCUCCAUGGGAAUCUUACAACAGCAGCAUGCCAUCAUCUUUCAAUGCUUCCCCUUUCUGGUGAGCACGUAGGCCACAUCCAGGGCUGGUGGUAAAUGGCAUAGUUCCAUUGACUUCAGCUGUCACUAGUGGAACAUCUGGCCCCAAAUCCUUUAGCGAUGAAGAGCCAAAUGCUUAUGCUAUAGAAUUACUUUCCUCAUGCGUGUAGUUCCACUGAGUUCAAUGGGACUUACUCCUGUGAGAAAACAUGGGGUGGAUGUUUGUAGGAUCAGGCCUAAGUAAGUAUUUAGUAUUGCAAUCAGAACCAAAUCCCUUUUCCAUAGGGUGGUGUGAUAUCCUGUACAUCAAAAUAGAGCACGAAGAUCCUGGACAUUUUAGUUUUAUUUACAUUUACUUGGGGCAAUAGCUUUUUCCACUCACGGGCAACCAAUGUCAGAGCAAGUCUCCUGUAAAUAUGCCUUAUAUUUCAAGGGAGAUAUGCUUUGCAACAAUGCCACGCUAUGGAAUAUGGGGUAUAUAUUUAUUGUGAAUAGACUUAUAGACACUAAAUGUCAAUAAACAACCAUAUAGAAUACUAAGACUAGAGUUCCAUCAAAGGGUUCUGCUGACACUCAAAACAGAAAGGAUGGGCUGCUUUUCAGCAGAACUCCAUGACAGAGUUCUGUUGCUGCAUAUGUGGGAUAUAUAAUAUAUAUAUGCAAACUUUAGAAUGUUUCUUUCUGGAAUUGUUUUCAGUUUACGUUCCCGGGCCUGAUUCUGCUAGGUUCUAAGCACUUACUGGACCCAGUUUGGAAAACUCCUUCUUCAAGUGAAUAGAGCUGAUUUCAGUGGGAUUGGAGAGAGCUCAGCACCUGGUGGGAGCAGGGCCCAUGUUCCCAGAAAGUCAUAACAAAGUACUACCAAUGUGAUGUCACAACAAAAUGUAUAGAUGGACAAGAGGUUUAGAGAGGCAGCACUCAAUGAGCAAGGGUUGGGAGUCAAAAACUCCUGACCUAAUCUCAGCUCUGCCAGAGACUUACUGAGGGAUUUGGGACAAUUCACUUAAACUCUCUCUCUGCCUCUUUUCCUUCACCUGUAAUAUGGAGGAUAACAACGCUUCCCAAAUCUACCUGGCAGAGGUGUUGUGAGCAUUAAUUAUCUGCUGUCUGUAUUCUGCUUUGAACAUGUUCAGCACAAUGUAAGUGCUAAGUAUUAUUAUGUCCAAUCAGUAGCACUGCACUAGGGAAUGCCUUGUUGUCUGCUGGUCUGCAGGCAUUCUCAGAGACCAUGGCAACAUUACAGAUAAGACACCCAUGGAUUGCAGUGAUAUCCAGAUAUGAGUACAACACAAGAUACAGGUUGUAAGCCAGAAGUAUGUGUAUUUCAUUACAUCAUAUACCCUGAGUGUGUCAUAUCCUUAAAAAUAUAGAUUUGAUUUUUCAUCUCAGUGCAUUGCAGAUAAUGCAGUUCAAACAAAGAACUGUGGUGUUUGUCAUGCCAGACAAUUUCAGUUCACCUCUUUCAGUUUCCAUUCAGUUCAUUUUAUUUGACAAAGAACAAACAAAUGCACUACAACAAUUAAGUUGCUAUAGGAUUCCAAAAUUUGCAGCAAUCUACUCUCUCCCUAGUGCAUGUGACUCUCUCUCAGUAAAGGUAAGAGGUCGGAGUCAGAGGGUUACAUACACCAGGAAGCUGCCAGUCCUUUUGCCCUGAAGCUAAACCUGCAACAUGAACUUACUCUAAGGUUCAGAACAGUUUGGUUCAUUUUUUGUACCAAAUCCAUAUCCAGGCCUUUUCCUGACAAUUGUAACAGAUGUGAGCUGGGACUAGUUGCAUCAGGAGAUGUUUGAAGGACCAGAGCCCUCUUUUUUACUUGCUCAGAAAAAGCUCCCAUGGACUUCAGUGCGGAUUUUCCCCCAGUAAGGACUGAGCAAAAAUUUAGGAAGAACUUCAGGACCUGGAGCCUGUUCUAAAGUUCUCUAAGUCAAUGGGAGUCUUUAGAUCAGGAUUUUUGACCAGGCCCAAGGCUCUCUUAUCUGCUGGUGUUAUCUGGAAAUAGAAGGCAACUCAUGCUUGUACUUCCAGCCUCAUUUCCAUGCCAGACAGAGUCAGACAAGCAUCCAGUCUUUUGGCUGCUUAUCCAGAACAUUGCCAAUCACUAGUGGGAGAACACUUAAUUCCUUAAUUUAUUGCAAACUGAAUAUUUUCAAAACAACUGGUGUUAGCAUCACUUGGAAAGAUGUGCAUCUUUCAGCAAUGGCGAGAUUUGGGUAAAUGCUGAUGUGGUUUUAUUGUUCUCCAGCCAAAGUGAAAAAUAAUUGUCUUCAUUGAGCAGCAUCUUUACAAAUAUCCAGAUAUCUCCUUGUACCUUAAAAUAUGGCCAUUUCUCCCACCACAUCUGCCCAGUUGGCAAAAUGGCUCAAACAGUCUGAAAUAUUAUUUUAAAGAUUUGUUUCAGUUUACUUCUUUUCCACUGGCAGUUUGUUCUGAAGGAGUGCAAUGGAGCUAAAAGAUUAGUCAAACAGUAAAUAUUCUACAUAUUAUAUAUAUAAUCCACUCAUGUCCUUCAUAUAUAAUGCAGUUGGAAAAUUCAUUCAACCAGAUAUGAAAUAUGCAAGAGAUUUGCAAACCAGUAAGAAAUCCCUCCCCAUUUUAAAAGCCCAACUGGGGUCCAGUUUAUACUGCAGAAGUCACAUGAUGCUUCCCGCACACUCUUUCUUAUUUGCAACAUUUGUAGACACGUACUUAAUAUAUGUGUGGAAAAAAUAUAUCUUGCACAAAACAUACACUAAGGGCACAGUUUUCUGAUCAAGAUGAUUUUAGGUUCAGAGGGGUUUAUUUUUUAUUUUUAUGUAUUAAUUAUUAUGAUUAUUAUUGCUUUAUUAGCACAUGUACAAAAAAGUUUACAGUUUAUCUUCAUUUUUGCCAAAAAAAGUCUAAUGUAAGGAAUCUUUUACUUGGUAACCACAAUUUUACAUAUGGAAUACCUCGUGUUAUUUUUCUGCAAAAAUUAUAUACCAUAUGUGGAUAUACACCCACCCAACUACACACACUUACACACACACACACAUUAUCUACAUGCACACACACAUAAACUCACAUACAUGUACGUAGUGUAUCAGUCUUAACGGCUUUAAACCGUUGUGUCAGUUUAAUGUUGUACUAUCCUUUUCUAAGCAUAUCAUGGCCAUAUUACUAAUAAUAAAUGACAAUGGGUUUUUGGAGGGAGUCGAAUGGCUGUGAUUCCAUACAGGUGAACUAUUUUAUCCAAGAGUGUUUUUUAAUUUGUUUCUGUAUUUCAAAGCUAUGUACUUGGAAAGCACUGUAUAUGCGACCCUAUUACAAUUUCCCUGUGUAUAUUUAGUACUCUGAUGUUGCUAUUAAAAAAACAAGAUGAGAAAAAAAAAA